AUGCUAAUUGCAAUUAUAAUAAAGAAGGCUUAUUGUUAAAGCUAGCACAAUUAAUAUUCAUAAAAUUCAUUUCUAGAAGAUCCAUUUAUGAGCUAGUAAGAUCCUUAUAAAGUCAACUAUUAGUAAGAUUAACGUAAUGAUAAAUAUGUCCAUUUUACCUUUCAUUAAUAUACAAAUUUAUUGGAUUGA